AUGCCUGAAGACUUCAGGAAGUCAUAUCCAAGUACAAGAGUUAUUAUUGAUUGUACAGAAGUGAAGUGUGCAAUGCCUAGUAGCUUGUUGCUGAAUAGUGAGUUGUUCAGAGCCUACAAAAAUCAUACUACACUAAAGGGGCUUGUGGAAAUUUCUCCAUCUGGUGCUUUCACUUUCAUAAGCCAAGUGUAUCCAGAAAGUGUAUCAGACAGAGAAAUUGUAGAAAGGUCAGGCAUGCUUGACCUACCUUUCAAUGAAGGAGAUUCUGUGAUGGCAGAUAAAGGUUUUAUUAUGAGUGACAUCUCACCUUUAGGUGUGUCUUUGAAUAUUCCACCAUUCUUAGGAACAUCCACACAAAUGGCCCCAGAGGAUGUUGUGAGAACUCAGGAGAUUGCACGACUGAGGAUCCUUGUCAAACGCGCAAUUAAUAAAGUUAAAAAUUCUCAUAUAUGGGAUAGCAUUAUCCCACUGAAUCUCUUUGGCAUUGCAAAUCAAAUGUGGUCUGUUUGUGCAUUUCUUUGCAACAUUCAAGACCCUAUUUUAACAAGCUGA